UUUUUUUUGAAAAAAAAAGGCUUUUUAUACCUACUGACCAGGUUCUCCCAGAUCUUCAGCGUAGAUUACGAUCAUUCGGGAUCCAUUGUAUCCGGAUCCAUCCAGGUGUUGAUGUUGGAGCGAAACCGUGUGGUUCGCCGACCUGAAGGAGAACCCAACUUUAAUGUGUUCUAUCAACUUCUGGCUGGACUAGAUAACAAUCUUAGAAGGGAGUUCCAGAUUGAUAACUUAACUGAACCCAAUCAGCUACUCACACCACUUACGCGCACAGAUGACAAGAAUGCCGCGGCUGCUGCUUUCCAGAGUCUUACAAAAGCCGCGCAAAUUGUUGGAUUCACUGAUGGCGAAUGGUCAAGCAUUCUUUCCGUUCUUUGCAGCAUUUACCAUCUUGGAUCAGCAGGAACAGUUAAAGGUUCAGCUGGACGACCUGCUUUCAAUAAACCUCAAUUUGCGCACAAGGCUGCGCAUUGCCUGGGGGUCAGUCUGGAGGAUCUUUCCAGGGCAAUAUUCCAGGGAUUAUCAGGAUCUGGAGGAACUGGUGGCCGAAGAUCUAGCCGUGGAGAGCUGAGUAGUUCAGGAGAUCCAGCUGAUUAUCUUAACAGUUUUAUCACUGGAUUAUACUCAGAGAUAUUCCAUCUGGUGGUCGCCAUCAUUAAUAGGUCGAUAGCUUCUGGUGUAACGAGUGCAGCGAGUAUCCUUGUUCUGGAUACUCCAGGUUUCCAGAAUCCAGCCUCAUGCGGCAGGUUGACCGGAGCAGGGUUUGAUGAGCUCUGUAAUAAUUAUACUCAAGAGAGAUUACAACUCCUGUUUCACGAUAGAUCUAUCACAGCUUUGAAGGAGAGGUAUGAGAACGAGAAUAUUGACAUCCCUGACCUGGAGGAUUUGACAGAGAUUUGUACUCCCGCUCCUCUAGUUCAGUUGAUAGAUAGACAAUCCACUCUCAGGCACUCACAGGGGGACCUUAGUCAGAUUGAUAAGAGGGGUUUACUGUGGCUGCUGGAUGAGGAGAGUAUCUACCCGGGGGCAUCAGACCAGACAUUCGUAGACAGGAUGCUGGACCAGUUCGGUGUAGCAGGUUAG